AUGCUUGAUGUUGGUAGAAAUCUUUUAACCUUAAUCGCCAACGAAAAAGAAAGCGCUGAGCAAGAUAAUAUGAGAGUGUACAUUGGCAAUAUCCCAGAUCAUUUUGCAUUGUCAGACCCAGAAGACGUCAAUAUGAUUCAGCCUAAAUUUCCGCCAAAGGUCGAUAUAAUGUCACCUAUUGCAGGAUGUCUUAGAAAUUUUGGUUUCCCCAGAAGUUUUGCAGCGAAUUGCUGAAUAUAA